AUGUCGGCCAGCGAUGUCCGCCCACACCUGUCUGAGGAUUACUGCAUGUACAGAGGCCGUCGCCUGUGGGGGGCGUAUUUCUGCUCCUCUCUCUCGGUCUUCGUAGGAGGACUCGUUAUCUUGCUCAUCUGCAAGGUUGGGAGCCGAGCCCUCAGGGGGUUACGUGUCCUGCCCAAACAAAACCGCAUACACCCGCAGCAACCAAACAUUUCACAACAGACGUACAAGCAGUUAACCAGUCCAGUGGAGUACUGCAUGCAGGACUACACCGCUCUGUUUAUGGUGGACGUGGUCUUCAAUCUCUUUUACGCUGUAAACUUUGGCCUCAGGUUUGUAGCGGCCCAGAAUGAACUGCGGGCGUGGGUGGAGCUGAAAUCACUCAUAGACAUCUUCACCAUCAUUCCGUCCUUCAUCGGUCUGUUCACAAAGCGAGCAUGGCUUGGUUUGAAGUUCCUCAGAGCUUUACACCUUCUGGAGCUGCCCAGUGUCCUUCAGCUCAACAUCCCCCACAGCAACACCUCACUGAAACUCACUCAGCUUAUCACUGUUCUGGUUGGAUCUUUGCUGACCGCAGCUGGUGCACUUCACCUGGUAGAGAACUCUGGAGACCCCUGGAGCUCCCCACCCAAUAUAUACAUUCAAACCUACUUUGAAUCUGUGUACUGUCUGGUCGCAACCAUGUCGACUGUCGGCUACGGUGAUGUGGUGGCCCGUACUGUCACCGGCAAAUUCUUCAUCAUCAUCUUUAUCGUCAUUGGACUGGGUCUGUUUGCCAGCUACAUUCCUGAAGUGUUUGCGAUUAUCAGGAACAGGAAGAGAUUUAAAGGCAGCUACACGAACACUUCAAGAGAGACUCAUGUAGUGGUGUGUGGCCACAUCACUCUGGCCAAUGCCUCUGCGUUUAUGCAGGAGUUCCUGCACAAGGACAGAGGGGACGUUCACGUCAAGGUGCUCUUCCUGGGAAAUUUUCAUCCGAAUCAGGAGCUGGUGGCUUUUUUCAGUCUGCACUUCCUGCAGGCCUCGUUCUACGAGGGUUCUGUACUGAAGAGACGCGACCAGGAGAGAGUGAUGAUGAAUAAGGCCAGUGCCUGCUUGAUUCUAUGUGAUCGCUUCACUGAUGAUCAGAACAAUGAAGAUGUAGCCAAUCUCAUGCGAGUCAUUUCCAUAAAGCGCUAUUGUCCUGACACCAGAGUGAUCGUGCAGAUGUUCAAACACAGCAGCAAGGCGUACUUGCAGAAUGUGCCGAACUGGGACUGGAGCAGGGGGGAUGCGGUGAUCUGUCUGGCCGAGCUCAAACUGGGCUUCAUGGCUCAGAGCUGUCAGGUUCCAGGCCUGUCCACUCUGCUGGCCAACCUGUUCACCAUGCAGAGCAAAGUGGAGAAUGAGGGAGAUAGUUGGCAGAAUCUCUACAGAGAGGGUUCAUUUAAUAAGAUGUACACUGAGUAUCUCUCCAGCUCCUUCAACAGUUUGUCCUUCACUGAGGCCAGCAAGCUUUGUUUUCUGAAGCUGAAGCUGCUUUUGAUUGGGAUCGAGUAUCAGAGUGGAGACGAUGAUCUGAGUCAGUCAGAUCAGCAGUGUGACCUCCUGACUGAGAAUCAGCUGCGGAGGAAUCGGGGCCGAAUAGAGAAGGAGGAAGUGAAGCUGGACUCUACUGGAUUGUUCCACUGGUGUACACCGGUACCACUGCAGGACAUCACCCUGACGCGACAGGCCGCCCGGUCGUUAGCGCUGAGGGAUCACGUGUUGGUGGGCGUGUUUGGAGACGAGCAGUCCAGUCUGCUGGGGCUAAGCGAUUUUAUGAUGCCACUGAGGGCCAGCAGUCUGACCUCUCUGGAGCUGAAGACCGUGGUGUUUCUGGCCGAUCCGCUGUACUUCAGCCGAGAAUGGCCCAGCAUCCAGUACUUCCCCAACGUCUUCUUCCUGCCUGUUAGUAUCACAGCCUGCGGUGUUAGGUACGUGCGGGCGGACUUGUUCUCUGAGCCAAACUGA